AUGGCAGAUCCAUCAAUCAAGGGUUUGAGAAUAGUCAUUGUCGGUGCCGGCAUGGGCGGCCUAGCAUCUGCUCUAGCCCUCGCCAAAGCCGGCUUCAGAAAGAUCGACGUCUUUGAAUAUGCCACUGAUCUAGGCUUCGUCGGUGCGGGUAUUCAGCUCGCUCCCAAUAUGGCUCGAAUUUUGGAUCGACUGGGUGUAUGGGAGCCAAUUGCCAAAGAAGCGACGAGUAUCAAGGAUACCAGCAUCAGACAAGGAUCAACAAAUCAAGAACUCGGACAUGUAGAGUUGGGCUAUAUUGAAAAAACAUACGGAUACCCUCAUAUGGUCGGCCACCGUUUCUCGCUCGCCAACUCCAUGUAUCAAGGCUGCAAGAAGGAAGCCGCUAUCACAUUCCAUUUCAACACCAGUAUCAAAUCCAUCGAAUCCUUCGGUCCCAAUCCCGUGGUUAUCGCUGAUCCUCGCGAUGGUAACGGUAAACCCUACAAAGUCGAGGCAGAUAUAUUAUUAGCUGCAGACGGAAUCAAAAGUAACAUCCGCGUGGAAAUGCUCAAAUUAUUAAACAUCGACGCGCAAAUCAAGGAUACUAAUCAGGCUGCGUAUCGAAUCAUGAUUCGUCGUGAUCAGAUUAAGAAUGACCCCGGACUUCUCGCCUUGCUUGAUAGUGACACCGUCGUUCGCUGGAUUGGUGAAAGGAGACAUAUUAUCGCUUACCCUGUCGACAAUAAGAAUAUCUAUAAUAUCUCCACGGCUCAACCAGACUCCAACUUCGCAGCUGCCCCGUCAGCGAUGUAUACAACCCGGGGAUCGAAAUCGGCGAUGUUGGGAGUCUUUGAGGAUUUUUGUCCCAUGAUUCAGCGAAUGUUGAACCAUGUUCCGGAAGGGGAGGUGUGUGAAUGGAAACUCCGUGUUCAUGCCCCAUUACCGACAUGGGUACACAAGACUGUGGCUCUGGUAGGAGAUGCUUGUCAUCCUACAUUACCGCAUCUUGCGCAGGGAGCUGCACAAGCUAUUGAAGACGCAGCUGCCAUCGCUGCGGCGCUGUCACGAUUACCAGACACAAAACCCGAAACAGUCAACAGGGCGUUGAGGGUCUAUGAAACGAUUCGGAAAGAUCGUGCGUAUGUGCUUAUGGAGAUGGCUGCGGCUUCGGGUCGAACGCUGCAUUUGGGUGAUGGUGCGGCCAAGGAAGAGAGAGAUAAGCAAUUUGCGGCGAUCAAGCAGGGGAACGCAAAAGUGCCGGAUAAGUGGGCUGAUGCGGAUGUGCAGAAGAUGAUUUAUGGGUUUGAUGCUACCAAGGAGACGUUGGAUCGUUUUGAUGAGAUUUUUAAUGGAUUGGCAGAGGAGCAGGUAGAUACUAAGUAG